CUUGGGCAGUACUUUGGCAAGCUCUGAGGUAUGCAUUGUGGUAAAUUGCCAAUUGAGAAACAAAGGUAAGAAGCAGGAGGAAGCUGCGAACAUGGAGGGAAUCGAAGGAUGUAAGCACGGACCAGAUGUGAUUCAUGGAAUGGCAAGCACUCUGACCUGUCAGCCUUUAAUCGAUGGGUAGCUCUAUCGCCUGCGAUAAAGAUGGGAAAGUUCAACAGAUGAUCUGGCACCUUCAGACUGUUUUCCAGAUUCAAGGAUUGUGUACUUGUAAACAAGCACUACCUAUCUUCCUUCCAAUUCGCGACACCGAGAGGAUGCUUGGCUCUCAGGCAGCAAGAUAUAUACUUGGCAGACUUGGGUCCAAUGCUGUAAUAUGUCUACAUACCUUAGACUAUGAAGUUACCACUCUUGUAUUCCAACAUCAUAUCCAUCAAUUGAUUUAGUCACAAUAACAUGUCUCUCGAGGUCACGCCCUUGACGGAAGCCGACAUCGACGCCUACAUCCGGGUAUACUGGAACGCCUUCACUGCAGUGGAGGGCAACUUGGAAUCGGUCUUCUUUCCCGAAGGUCUUACGGAGCCCGUGCGAGAAUAUCUGCGCAGUGGAUUCGACUUGUCUGACCCUUCCUUCUCUUAUAUCCUCGUGCGGGACAGCAGCACCAAGACAGUCCUGUCUGUCGCGGGUUGGUACCACCAAACCAAACAUCUAACCGACCAAGAGAUAUCGGACAAGGAAGAAAAGGCGAGGAAAGAGCGCGCGGAGCAGAAGCCUGUUCCCGGUGUCAACUUCACCGCAGUGAGUGAUCUUCGUGAAGUGCAAACGAAGACCAGACGGGAGAUCUUGGGAGGCAAGCCGCACGCAUUGUUGAAGCUACUUGCGACGGACCCGACAGCUCAGCGACGGGGAGCCGGUGCUGCUGCGUUGAGAUGGGGCUUGGAGAAGGCGGAUGACCUGGGAUUGCCAGUCUACCUAGAGGGCUCCGUCAUGGGCAAAUAUCUCUACACCAAGAACGGGUUCAAAGAUGUAAGCAUUCGUGGAUAUGAAACAUACAUGAGAGCAAUGCUGACACUGUGACCCUUCAGAUCCGCGAGUUCCCCAUAGAUACCGCUAAGUAUGGGCGACCACACACCGUGCCGCAUUGGUGCAUGCUCAGGGAGGCGAAGCAUAUAGAUCAAUAGAGGCUAGAAGUCGAUGUUAUGUGGGUGCAGUGAAGUGAGGAUCCGGAUCUGGACCUUAGUGACAGCUGCUACGCUGUGAGAAUUGUUCAAGGUCAAGAGACGGUUCCGCAGGUGGUACAAGGGUCUGAAGGACUCUUGGCUUUUCGGCGGCAUGGCCGGCCCCCCGACAGGUUAUUCCUUUUCUCGUAACCACGGGUCUUAUUCUAUUUCAUCAUUGCUUCCGCCAUGCCGCUCUGUCGCUUCUCUGUUUGUGAGCUUCGCGGUGAUGACCGCUCACGAGUC